CUAGAUGGCUGUCCAGGUUAACUUUGGUGUCAGCAGCUCAUCUGGUGUCAAUCAGUCUGAUUUCUCAGAGGUUUUGUCCAAGAAGUCCGGUCGACUGUCUGUGAUGUUAUUUCCCCCCUCUCCAUGGUUUUACAUGUGAUGCAGGAACAAUGUGUAGCCAAUAUGCAAAACGUCCCGGUAUGUAGGUGAGCAUGCAUGUUCCCCAUGACGCGCCAGACACCGUGAACGUGCUUCGGGCUGCUGUUACUAUAAUGCAAUGGCGGCGGUGCUGUGCACCAGAGAUGGAUGAGUUACCGGUUCAAAUCCGCUCGACGCAGACACUGUGGAUUAGGAAACACACCUCUGACCAGAUCAACCGAAUUCGUAACUGUUUGGUGAUUUAGCCUCAACGUUACUUUAGGAAUGUGUCUAGCAGGGUUAGCUAACGAGCUAAUGCCAGUCUGUGCCAGGGUGAUGUAGGGCUUUUCCGCACAUCUGUCUGCAGUAGCCACCACCCGCCUGCUAACGUUACACCAGGCAACCGGCUGAACAUCACUCCGUCCCUCGACGGGGAGUCUCGGCCCACUCGGACCGGAACACCAUGGCUGAGAGGAAUUCUACCGGAUUACUAAUGAUGUUGGAACCGAGCCCGGCUAUGGCCAUGUCACUGCCGGUGGAGGUCCGGGAGAAGCUGGCGGAGUUGGAGCUGGAACUGUCGGAAGGGGACAUCACACAGAAGGGAUAUGAGAAGAAGAGAGCCAAGCUGCUGGCCCCCUACAUCCCUCAGAUACAAGGUGUAGAACCAUCUCUGCAGAAGGAGAACAGGAUCCAGAUGUCUCAGGCUGCUCCACCAGGAUCCAAACACAACAAGUCUCGGGCCACCAACACGCGGGAUGAACGCUUCAGAUCUGACCUGCAUACAGAAGCCGUUCACGCUGCCUUGGCCAAGUACAAAGAGCGGAAGAUGCCAAUGCCCUCCAAGAGACGCUCUGUUCUAGUUCAGUCCUCUGUAGAGGCAUGCACUCCCCCAGACACGUCCUCGCCAUCAGAAGACGAGGGUUCACUGCGUCGUGCGGGCCGGAUGGUGUCCUCCACGCCGUACCAGAACCACCCGGCGCCGAACGUAGAACACUGGUUUAACAGAGUCAUCCAGGGCUCCUCCACCUCCUCCUCUGCAUCCUCCACCUCAUCCCAUCCUGGAGGGAGUGUCCACGCUGCCACCGCUGUGCUGGCUGACCUCAUGGCAUACACCCAGAUAGAUAACCACUCCGCCCCCCCUGACGUGACUGGCCUAUUGGAACACUCGCUGCAUGCGGACAGAGACAGACCCCCGGUGGCGUCGGUGAAGGUGGUCCCCAGGGGGUACAACCACUCCAGCGUCAUGGAAACCGCCGAUGGUGUCCCAGUGAACAGCAGAGUGUCCUCUAAGAUCCAGCAGCUUCUCAACACUCUGAAGAGACCUAAGAGACCGUCACUUAGAGAGUUCUUCAUUGAUGACUUCGAGGAGCUUGUAGAUGUUCAGCAGCCGGACCCUAACCAGCCCAAGGCGGAGGGGAACCAGAUGUCCCCUCUAGCAGGCGAGCCUCUGGGUGUAGUGACCAACUGGCCUCCCUCCCUGCUGGCCUCCCUCCAGCGCUGGGGCAUCACCCAGCCGAGGAGCCCCUGUCUCACUGCCCUGGACAACGCUGGUAAACCAGUGUACACUCUUACCUACGGCAAGCUGUGGACACGCAGCCAGAAACUGGCCUUCACGCUUCUGAACAAACUGAGCACUAGGAACGAGCCACUACUGCUGCCGGGAGAUAGAGUUGCUCUAGUGUUCCCCAACAGUGACCCUGUGAUGUUUAUGGUGGCGUUCUAUGGAUGUCUGCUGGCAGAGCUGAUCCCUGUGCCCAUUGAGGUACCCCUCACCAGGAAGGAUGCAGGCAGCCAGCAGAUAGGUUUCCUGUUGGGCAGCUGUGGGGUGACUCUGGCUCUGACUACUGAUGCCUGUCAAAAGGGCUUGCCUAAAGCACAGACUGGAGAGGUGGUCACGUUUAAAGGCUGGCCACGGUUGCUGUGGUUCGUAACAGAUGGGAAGCACGUUGUAAAGCCGCCUAAAGACUGGCACCCCACCAUCAGGGAAGCUAACAAUGAGAUUGCCUAUAUAGAGUACAAGACCAGUAAGGAGGGGAGCACAAUGGGUAUAACUGUCUCUCAUCCAGCCAUGCUAGCCCACUGUCACGCCCUCACACAGGCCUGUGGAUACACUGAGGCUGAGACCAUUUGCAACGUCCUGGACUUCAAGAGAGAUGCAGGCUUGUGGCACGGGGUUCUCACCAGUGUGAUGACCAGGAUGCACGUGAUCAGCAUCCCUUACUCUCUGAUGAAGGUCAACCCUCUCUCCUGGAUUCAGAAGGUCCACACUUACAAAGCACGCGUAGCUGUGGUGAAGUCCAGAGAUAUGCACUGGUCCCUGUUGGCCCAGAGAGACCAGAGAGACAUCAGCCUGAGCUCUCUGAGGAUGCUCAUUGUAACUGAUGGAGCUAACCCCUGGUCGAUAUCCUCGUGUGACGCCUUCCUGAACGUGUUCCAGGCACGUGGGCUACGUCCUGAAGUGAUCUGUCCAUGUGCCAGCUCUGCUGAGGGCAUGACGGUCGCCAUCCGAAGACCUCCGGAGUCGGGCGUCCCUCCACCAGGGAAGGCAGUUCUGUCCAUGAGUGGUCUGAGCCACAGUGUGAUCCGGGUAGACACCGAGGAGAAGCUCUCUGUCCUCACAGUGCAGGACGUGGGCCAGGUCAUGCCAGGCGCGCUGGUGUGUGUGGUACGUGUGGAGGGAACUCCGUAUCUCUGCCAGACAGAUGAGGUGGGGGAGAUCUGUGUGAGUUCUGGGAGCACCGGCGUGGCAUACUACGGCCUCCCGGGCAUGACCAAGAACACAUUCCAGACCAUCCCAGUAAGAGCGUCAGGAGGUCCCAUCAGUGGCAGACCCUUCACCAGGACGUCACUACUGGGCUUUGUAGGACCUGACAACCUAGUGUUUAUCGUGGGUAGAAUGGACGGGCUGAUGACGGUGUGUGGGCGGAGACACAACGCUGAUGAUGUGGUUGCCACGGCGCUGGCAGUGGAGCCCAUGAAGUUUGUCUACAGGGGGAGGAUAGCAGUGUUCUCCGUCUCGGUUCUCCAUGAUGAGCGUAUUGUAGUGGUGGCAGAACAGAGACCAGAUGCUUCAGAGGAGGGCAGCUUCCAGUGGAUGAGCCGCGUUCUACAGGCUAUAGACAGUAUUCACCAAGUGGGGGUGUACUGCCUAGCUCUGGUCCCUGCCAACACAAUGCCCAAGGCUCCGCUGGGGGGGAUCCAUAUCGCAGAGACCAAACAGAGGUUUCUGGAAGGAGCUCUCCACCCCUGCAACGUCCUCAUGUGUCCUCACAGCUGUGUUACCAACCUGCCCAAACCACGGCAGAAACAACCAGAGGUGGGUCCUGCCUCUAUGAUCGUGGGGAACCUGGUAGCAGGGAAGAGGAUUGCUCAGGCCUGUGGGAGAGACGUGGCUCAACUAGAGGACAAUGACCAGGCACGUAAGUUCCUGUACAUGCAGGAUGUUCUCCAGUGGAGAGCCCAGGCCACACCUGACCAUCCCCUGUUCCUGGUGCUCAACGCCAAGGGCACAGUGUCCAGCACUGCUUCCUGUCUGCAGCUGCAAAAGCGGGCGGAGCGUGUUGCCAUGGCACUGAUAGAGAAGGGACGCCUCAACCCCGGAGAUCACGUAGCACUGGUUUACCCUCCAGGUAUUGACCUGAUCGCUACGUUCUAUGGGUGUCUGUACGCUGGCUGUGUUCCUGUCACCGUCAGACCCCCUCAUCCUCAGAACCUGGCCACCACCCUGCCCACCGUCAAGAUGAUUGUAGAGGUCAGUAAAUCGGUGUGUAUCCUGACCACCCAAGCAAUAAUGAAGCUGUUGAAGUCCAAAGAGGCUGUGGCUGCUGUGGACGUCAAGUCAUGGCCGAUGGUACUGGACACAGACGACCUCCCCAGGACGAAGAGGCUUCAGAUCUACAAACCUCCCACCCCAGAGAUGCUGGCAUACCUGGACUUCAGUGUGUCCACCAUGGGCAUCCUGGCUGGAGUCAAGAUGUCCCAUGCUGCCACCAGUGCCUUGUGUCGUUCCAUCAAGCUGCAGUGUGAGCUGUACCCGUCCCGCCAGAUAGCCAUCUGUCUGGACCCCUACUGCGGCCUGGGCUUCGCUCUCUGGUGCCUCAGCAGUGUAUACUCUGGCCACCAGUCGAUCCUGGUUCCUCCUCUAGAGUUGGACAGUAAUGUUUCUCUGUGGUUGUCAGCUGUCAGCCAGUAUAAAGUCAGAAUCACAUUCUGCUCCUACUCUGUCAUGGAGAUGUGUACCAAGGGCUUGGGGACACAGACUGAGACACUACGGUUGCGUAACAUAAACCUGUCGUGUGUUAGGACCUGUAUGGUUGUAGCAGAGGAGCGUCCUCGUAUCACUCUGACCCAGUCCUUCUCUAAGAUCUUUAAAGACCUGGGUUUGUCUCCUCGAGCCGUCAGCACCACCUUCGGCUGCAGGGUCAACAUGGCCGUCUGUCUGCAGGGUACGUCAGGACCAGACCCUACCACAGUCUACCUGGACAUGAGAGCUCUGAGACAUGAAAGGGUUCGUAUGGUAGAGAGAGGCUCUCCACACAGUCUGUCUCUCAUGGAGUCUGGCAAGAUCCUUCCUGGGGUGAAGGUGGUUAUCGCCAACACAGAGACCAAAGGACCUCUAGGAGACUCCCACCUGGGAGAGGUGUGGGUGAGCAGCCCCCACAAUGCAACAGGUUACUACACGGUGUAUGGAGAGGAUGCUCUGCAUGCGGACCACUUCAACACCAAGCUGAGCUUUGGAGACACGCAGACGGUCUGGGCCAGAACAGGAUACCUGGGUUUCCUACGACGCACUGAGCUCACCGACGCCAGCGGAGAACGUCAUGAUGCUCUCUAUGUGGUGGGGUCUCUGGAUGAGACAUUGGAGCUGAGAGGGAUGAGGUAUCAUCCCAUCGACAUCGAAACAUCCGUUAUCCGCUCACACAAGAGCAUCGCUGAAUGUGCUGUGUUCACGUGGACCAACCUCCUGGUGGUAGUAGUGGAGCUGUCUGGGUCAGAGCAGGAGGCUCUGGACCUAGUUCCCCUGGUGACUAACGUGGUUCUGGAGGACCACUACCUGAUAGUGGGUGUGGUGGUGGUGGUGGAUCCAGGGGUUAUACCUAUCAACUCAAGAGGAGAGAAACAGAGGAUGCACCUACGGGAUGGCUUCCUGGCUGACCAGCUGGACCCCAUUUAUGUGGCCUACAAUAUGUAAACAACAAAAUGUCCACAAGAUGUAAACACCUGGACCCCGUCUAUGUGACAUGUAAACAAAGGAGGAGGAGGAGGGAGAGCCGCUCAGAGAAUGAGAAAUGGACUAUGGACCACACAGCAGAAAUGGACUAUGGACCACACAGCAGAAAUGAACUAUGGACCACACAGCAGAAAUGGACUAUGGACCACACAGCAGAAACCUCUUGGUGUCUCUUUCUCCCUGUCUCAGCAGAAUAGUGAUAGGUCUUGGUGGGGCUGUACAGUCAGAAUAGUGAUGGGUCUUGGUGGGACUGUACAGUCAGAAUAGUGAUGGUACAGUCAGAAUAGUGAUGGUCUUGGUGGGGCUGUACAGUCAGAAUAGUGAUGGGUCUUGGUGGGGCUGUACAGUCAGAAUAGUGAUGGUCUUGCUGGGGCUGUACAGUCAGAAUAGUGAUGGGUCUUGGUGGGGCUGUACAGUCAGAAAAGUGAUGGUUCUUGGUGGGGCUGUACAGUCAGAAUAGUGAUGGUCUUGGUGGGGCUGUACAGUCAGAAUAGUGAUGGGGCUGUACAGUCAGAAUAGUGAUGGUCUUGGUGGGGCUGUACAGUCAGAAUAGUGAUGGGUCUUGGUGGGGCUGUACAGUCAGAAUAGUGAUGGUCUUGGUGGGGCUGUACAGUCAGAAUAGUGAUGGGUCUUGGUGGGGCUGUACAGUCAGAAUAGUGAUGGGUCUUGGUGGGGCUGUACAGUCAGAAUUGUGAUGGGUCUUGGUGGGGCUCUACAGUCAGAAUAGUGAUGGGUCUUGGUGUGGCUGUACAGUCAGAAUAGUGAUGGUCUUGGUGGGGCUGUACAGUCAGAAUAGUGAUGGGUCUUGGUGGGGCUGUACAGUCAGAAUAGUGAUGGGUCUUGGUGGGGCUGUACAGUCAGAAUAGUGAUGGGUCUUGGUGGGGCUGUACAGUCAGAAUAGUGAUGGUCUUGGUGGGGCUGUACAGUCAGAAUAGUGAUGGUCUUGGUGGGGCUGUACAGUCAGAAUAGUGAUGGGUCUUGGUGGGGCUGUACAGUCAGAAUAGUGAUGGUCUUGGUGGGGCUGUACAGUCAGAAUAGUGAUGGGUCUUGGUGGGGCUGUACAGUCAGAAUAGUGAUGGGUCUUGGUGGGGCUGUACAGUCAGAAUUGUGAUGGGUCUUGGUGGGGCUCUACAGUCAGAAUAGUGAUGGGUCUUGGUGUGGCUGUACAGUCAGAAUAGUGAUGGUCUUGGUGGGGCUGUACAGUCAGAAUAGUGAUGGGUCUUGGUGGGGCUGUACAGUCAGAAUAGUGAUGGGUCUUGGUGGGGCUGUACAGUCAGAAUUGUGAUGGGUCUUGGUGGGGCUCUACAGUCAGAAUAGUGAUGGGUCUUGGUGUGGCUGUACAGUCAGAAUAGUGAUGGUCUUGGUGGGGCUGUACAGUCAGAAUAGUGAUGGGUCUUGGUGGGGCUGUACAGUUAGAAUAGUGAUGGGUCUUGGAUAGGUCUUGGUGGGGCUGUACAGUCAGAAUAGUGAUGGUCUUGGUGGGGCUGUACAGUCAGAAUAGUGAUGGUCUUGGUGGGGCUGUACAGUCAGAAUAGUGAUGGGUCUUGGUGGGGUUGUACAGUCAGAAAAGUGAUGGUUCUUGGUGGGGCUGUACAGUCAGAAUAGUGAUGGGUCUUGGUGGGGCUGUACAGUCAGAAUAGUGAUGGGUCUUGGUGGGGCUGUACAGUCAGAAUAGUGAUGGUCUUGGUGGGGCUGUACAGUCAGAAUAGUGAUGGGUCUUGGUGGGGCUGUACAGGCAGAAUAGUGAUGGGUCUUGGUGGGGCUGUACAGUCAGAAUAGUGAAGGGUCUUGGUGGGGCUGUACAGUCAGAAUAGUGAUGGGUCUUGGUGGGGCUGUACAGUCAGACCAGGAAGGCAAGGGACUAGAUGGGACUGGAGGAGCAGGCAGGGGACUGGAGGAGCAGGCAGGGGACUAGAUGGGACUGGAGUAGCAGGCAGGGGACUGGAGGAGGAGGCUAAUGCCAACACUGUGGAGGAGAUGGGAGGGACUGAUUGUUCAUUCCAGCUGGGUUCCUUUAACAAUGUUAUGUUACAAUUUUAUAUCAUACACUUAUUAGUACUUUAUGGCAUGAAGAGUUGAAGACACAUUUCUUGUCCUCCUUGGUCUCAGCAGUCCAUUCCAAAAAUAACUGUUGAAACAGUCCAAAACAGAGGACUUUAACGUAUAAAAUAUGUAAUACAUUAUUCCAACACUACGUAAUCAGUUAAUACUCUGGCAAAGAACAUCAUUGGGAUUUAACAUGAUCAACUUGCCACAUUUUAAAUGAGGCCUUAAGUAUUCCCCAGAUGCCUGUUCCUGUCUGAUUUUACUUGUGUUGAUGUGAGGCAGCUGGUUGGCUGAGGAGGUCGUCAGGUUGAAUGAUUAGCCCUUGUGCACGUCCCAAUAUCUCCUGAAGUAUGCGCUUGUUCACUACUUCCCACAAAUCUAAAAGCAUUGUAUUGGUGGAGGCAUGGUCUACUGGGAGUUUCCACCAUAUUUGUUAUACCAGUCAUUUCCUUUCUAAUCAGUGGAGGGAUGUGAACAUGUUCACACUUUAAACAUUUGGAGCAUAGCCCUUCUCUCUGUGUGGCUGCAACAUGAAUACUCUUUCAUUGUUUGUAUCUAGUGGAAUCUGGAGGUAUUUUUGCUGAAGAUAUUAUGAAUAAAAAGCUCACAGAUCACAUGGAGACAUGGGGUCUGAUGAGGGCCAGGCGGUGACAUUACAUGAUUCUCUCAGAAGACUUCUCUAAUGAGUGAGAGGUUGCAGUACAUGUUGUUCCUCUACCAUCAUCCAUCAUACCUACUAUGUAAAGACCACUCCUCUGUAACCAUAGUGCAUCCUGUUGGCCCAGGCAACAGCCUGCUGUAAGUAUGUACAGAGUUAUGUAAGUUAAUAUUAUUGGGCCCCAGAUAGAGCCUCUUGCUCUGGGUACAUGGUUCAUGUGUGGGAAGAGACUGAAGAUGUUUCAGAUGAACCUCCAGACUAACCACAUAUUAACAUGUUACUGUCUGAAGACAACAGAACAAAAGGAAAGAAGCCUUGUAAUAUGUAUUGUAUGAACACUGAGAACUGGCUACUGCAGGGAGGCAACACCCUGGGGACUGGCUACUGCAGGGAGGCAACCAAGCAACACCCUGGGGACUGGCUACUGCAGGGAGGCAACACCCUGGGGACUGGCUACUGCAGGGAGGCAACCAAGCAACACCCUGGGGACUGGCUACUGCAGGGAGGCAACCAAGCAACACCCUGGGGACUGGCUACUGCAGGGAUGCAACCAAGCAACACCCUGGGGACUGGCUACUGCAGGGAGGCAACCAAACAACACCCUGGGGACUGGCUACUGCAGGGAGGCAACCAAGCAACACCCUGGGGACUGGCUACUGCAGGGAGGCAACCAAGCAACACCCUGGGGACUGGCUACUGCAGGGAGGCAACCAAACAACACCCUGGGGACUGGCUACUGCAGGGAGGCAACCAAGCAACACCCUGGGGACUGGCUACUGCGGGGAGGCGCAACCAAGCAAUACCCUGGGGACUGGCUACUGCAGGGAGGCGCAAACAAGCAACACCCUGGGGACUGGCUACUGCGGGGAGGCAACCAAGCAACACCCUGGGGACUGGCUACUGCGGGGAGGCGCAACCAAGCAACACCCUGGGGACCGGCUACUGCAGGGAGGCAACCAAGCAACACCCUGGGGACCGGCUACUGCAGGGAGGAAACCAAGCAACACCCUGGGGACUGGCUACUGCAGGGAGGAAACCAAGCAACACCCUGGGGACUGGCUACUGCAGGGAGGAAACCAAGCAACACCCUGGGGACUGGCUACUGCAGGGAGGCAACCAAGCAACACCCUGGGGACUGGCUACUGCAGGGAGACAACCAAGCAACACCCUGGGGACUGGCUACUGCAGGGAGACAACCAAGCAACACCCUGGGGACUGGCUACUGCAUGGAGACAACCAAGCAACACCCUGGGGACUGGCUACUGCAGAGAGACAACCAAGCAACUUUCUGACAGACUGUUCUGAUGAAUGGUGACAUCUGUCAUCCUGGAGAUAUUUUGAGGACAUUCUGUUUGUGUAAAGAUUCAUGUGUCUGGUUUGUUGUCAUUAUUUUCACAACAUGCUUUCUUAAUAAAUACAAUGCUUUUAUCACA